CCCGGCGACGCGCUGCGGAACGGGAGCGUCAGCUGAAGGUGAACGGACGGCACAGUCGCAUCCGCAGGGAAUGUCUGAAGAUCUCCUGUAGUUCAUGAUUGCCGCGGCCGUCCAGCACAGAGCCAUGAGCCACACGUCCUGCUGCGUCCUGCUGAGCGUCUCGCUCGCGCUCUCCUGCCGCCUCUGGUCAGUGUGUGCUGAUUUCCCAGCAGUCUUUGGAGACGAGUCGUCAGGUUUUGGGCCCGUGUUUGAGGAGCAGCCCGUCGACACCAUUUACCCUGAAGAGUCUCCUGAGGACAAGAUCAUCAUGAGCUGCAGAACGCGAGCGAACCCGCCGGCCUCGUACAGGUGGAGGCUGAACAACACAGAAGUCGUUAUUGGAAAUGACGAUCACUACAGUCUGAUGGGAGGAAACCUCAUCAUCAGCUUCCCCGACAAGAGCAAGCAUGCUGGGAACUACUCGUGUCUGGCCAGCAAUGAGUUUGGGACGCUCGUCAGUCAGAAAGCCUCUGUUCAGUUCGGAUACUUGGACAUGUUUUCCUCGGACGAGCGGGAGGCGGUCUAUGUGAAGGAGGGGCAGGGGGCGGUGCUUCUGUGUGCUCCGCCUCCACACUUCCCAGAGGAUCUGUUCUUCCGCUGGAUACUCAACGAGUUUCCGGAAUUCAUUCCUCUGGACAAGCGGCGCUUUGUGUCUCAGACCACUGGGAACCUCUACAUCUCCACCGUACGAGCAUCAGACAGCGGGAACUACUCCUGUUUCGUCUCCAGUCCGUCCAUCGCCAAGAGCGUCUUCAGCAAGUUCAUCCCACUGGUGCCCAUAGCCGAGCGUUCUCUGAGGAAAUAUCCCGCUGAUAUCAAAGUCAAAUCUCCAGACACGUACACGCUGCUGGGGCAGAACGUCACACUGGAGUGCUUCGCGCUGGGAAACCCCAUCCCUCAGAUCCGAUGGAGGAAGGUGGAUGGCGAUCUGCCGGUUCAUCGUCAUAACAUCAGUAUGGCAGGAAGUCUCCUCCAUCUGUACAACAUCCAGUACGAGGACGAGGGUUUGUACGAGUGCGAGGCCGACAACUCCAAAGGCAAAGACAGACACAAAAUGCAUCUGUAUGUGGAGGGAGCUCCUGAAUGGGUGGAGAAGAUCAGUAGCUCGGAGAGAGACAUCGGAGGCGAUUACAUCAUGUCCUGUCUGGCCAGCGGGAAACCCAAACCCCACAUGCACUUCCUGAAGAACGGACGAAUGUACGCCAAGAACCAUGAGUUGCAUUUCACAGACCUGACAUUUGGUGAUUCAGCGAUGUAUCAGUGUAUUGCUGAGAACCGUCACGGCACAAUAUAUGCCAACGCCGAGCUCAGGGUCUUUGCCGGCGCUCCUUCGUUUGAGUGGAAACCCGUGAAACCCAAACUUCUGGGGGCCAAAAACGGGCGCGUGGUGAUUGACUGCAAACCCAGAGCAGCGCCGCGGCCGACCAUCUCCUGGAGCAAAGGAACUGAACUCCUACACAACUCCAGCAGGAUUUUCAUAUGGCCAGACGGGAGUUUAGAUCUUCUGAACAUCACUAAAUCAGACGAAGGAAAUUACACAUGUUUCGCAGAAAAUGACAGAGGCCGAGCGAACAGCUCCAGAUCGCUGUCAGUCACUGACGCCACGAAGAUCACUCUGGCCCCGUCCAACUCUGACGUCAGUGUGGGAAAGAGCGCCAGGAUGGAGUGCGCCACGUCACAUGACCCCACCCUCGACCUCACCUUCAUCUGGUCCCUCGAUGCACACGUCAUUGACUUCGACCGAGAUAGAGAGCAUUACGAGCACAAAACGGAUGUUAAUCAGGAUGGUCAGGAUGGGAUGUCCAGCUCAGAGCUGUUGAUCAGUAACACCCAGCUGAGACACGCAGGACAUUACAGCUGUACGGUGCAGACGCCGGUGGACAACGUCACGGCCUCCGCAGAGCUGGUGGUCAGAGGUCCCCCAGGUCCUCCCGGUGGUGUGCGUGUGGACGAGGUGAUGACCAGCAGCGUGAGGGUGACCUGGAGUCACGGGACGGAUAACUUGAGUCCCAUCUCCAAAUACAGUGUCCAGUACAGAGACGUGCGAGAGCAGCAGGACUGGAGAGACGCCUCCACCUCUCCAGUGAAUGUGGAGGGAAAUGCAGAAAUGGCCUCCGUGAUCAAUCUGACGCCCUGGACGGAGUAUGAGUUCAGGGUCAUCGCCACCAACACGCUGGGCAUCGGACCCCCGAGUGACCCCUCGCCCAAAAUCACCACCAGAGAAGCCAGGCCUGUUGUGGCUCCGUCAGACAUCGGUGGAGGAGGAGGAACCAGCCGUGAGCUCACCAUCACAUGGACGCCAGUCCAGCCACAGUACUACUACGCCAGUAAUUUUGGCUACAUCAUCGCAUUCAAGCCUCAUAAAGACCCCGAGUGGAUGAGGGUGACAGUGACCGAUCCUCAGGCCCAAAAGUACAUCCACAAAGACUCGAAAAUCCCCCCGUCCACCAGGUUUGAGGUGAAGGUGAAGGCCUUUAACAGUCAGGGUGAAGGGCCGUUCAGCGUCAGCGCCUUCAUCUACUCUGCUCAGGAUGUUCCUGCGGAAGCUCCCACCAUCAUCGAGGCGAGGACGCUGUCAGCCACAGAAGCCGUCGUGUCCUGGGUGCCUCUACAGCUGCAGACGGUUGAAGCAUACCAGGUCCGGUACUGGAGGGAGUCGGUGGAGAACGAGGCAUCUGCACAACGUGUUCUGGUUCCCAGUCGAGAAAACCACACGCGUCUGGACAACAUGAAGCCCAACUCACAUUACCUCAUCGAGGUGCGGGCGUAUAACGGCGCCGGCUACGGACCCGCCAGCCAGCGCCACAAAAUCUACACCAAGAAAGCACCUCCUAGUCGGCCUCCUAAAAUCAUCGGCACAAAGAUGAACUACAGCGGCACGACGAUCAACAUCGCCUGGGAGCAGGUGGAGCCGCUGACCAACGAGUCGACAGUGGAGGGAUAUAAGUUCUGGAUCGAGGACGAAGGAAUGCUGUUUGAAGAAGGGUGA